CUGCCUGACUGCCGGCCAGGGCCUCGAGGGCAGUUCUAUGUGGCACCUGUUUGGGCUGAAUGGUGCCGCCUCCCAGGUUCACAGGUUGCAGCCUUCACUCCCGACCUUCACUCGGGAUGGGACCGCUCGGGGACAGGUCUUUGCAGAGGCUCUUCGUCCUCGGCAUCGGCUUCUUCUCGCUCUGCUUCCUGAUGACGUCUCUGGGCGGCCAGCUCUCCGCACGGCGCCCGGGCGACUCCCCGUUCACCAUCCGCACCGAAGUGACGGGCGGGCUGGAGUCCCGCGGUGCCCUCCGCAAGAUGAGCGACCUGCUGGAGCUGAUGGUGAAGCGCAUGGACGCACUGGCCAGGCUGGAGAACAGCAGCGAGCUGCACCGUGCUCCCGGGCACGGGCACGGGCACGGGCACUCGGCCCUGGACAGGCGGAUCCAGGCCAUCGCGCAGAACGUCUCCGACAUCGCCGUGAAGGUGGACCAGAUCCUGCGCCACAGCCUGGUCCUGCACAGCAAGGUGUCUGAAGGCCGGCGGGACCAGUGUGAGGCGCCCAGUGACCCCAAGUUUCCUGACUGCUCCGGGAAGGUGGAGUGGAUGCGCGCCCGCUGGACGUCUGACCCCUGCUACGCCUUCUUCGGGGUGGACGGCACCGAGUGCUCCUUCCUCAUCUACCUCAGCGAGGUCGAGUGGUUCUGCCCCCCGCUGCCCUGGAGGAACCAGACGGCCACGCAGGCGGCCCCCAAGCCCCUCCCCAAGGCCCAGGCGGUUUUCCGGGGUGACCUGUCCCACCUCCUGGACCUGAUGGGCAGCGGGAAGGAGUCUCUGAUCUUCAUGAAGAAACGGACCCGGCGGCUCACGGCCCAGUGGGCACUGGCCGCCCAGCGCCUGGCACGGAAGCUGGGGGGCACCCAGAGGGACCAGAAGCAGAUCCUCGUCCACAUCGGCUUCCUGACGGAGGAGUCUGGGGACGUGUUCAGCCCGAGGGUGCUGAAGGGCGGGCCUCUGGGGGAGAUGGUGCAGUGGGCGGACAUCCUGGCUGCUCUCUACGUCCUGGGCCACAGCCUGCGGAUCACAGUGUCCCUGAAGGAGCUGCAGAGUAACUUAGGGGUGCCGCCGGGCCGCGGGAACUGCCCGCUCACCGUGCCCCUGCCCUUCGACCUCAUCUACACCGACUACCACGGCCUGCAGCAGAUGAGGCAGCACAUGGGGCUGUCCUUCAGGAAGUACCGGUGCCGGAUCCGGGUCAUUGACACCUUUGGGACAGAGCCCGCGUACAACCACGAGGAGUACGCCACGCGGCACGGCUACCGGACCAACUGGGGCUACUGGAACCUCAACCCCAAGCAGUUCAUGACCAUGUUCCCUCACACCCCCGACAACUCCUUCAUGGGCUUCGUGUCCGAGGAGCUGAACGAGACGGAGAAGCAGCUCAUCAAGGCCGGCAAGGCCAGCAACAUGGCCGUGGUGUACGGCAAGGAGGCCAGCAUCUGGAAGCUCCAGGGGAAGGAGAAGGUCCUGAGCAUCCUGAGCCAGCACAUGGAGGUGCACGGCACCGUGUUCUACGAGAGCCAGCGGCCCCCCGAGGUCCCCGCCUUCGUCAAGAACCACGGCCUCUUGCCGCAGCCCGAGUUCCAGCAGCUGCUGCGCAAGGCGAAGCUCUUCAUCGGGUUCGGCUUCCCCUACGAGGGCCCCGCGCCCCUGGAGGCCAUUGCCAACGGCUGUGUCUUCCUGCAGUCCCGCUUCAGCCCGCCCCACAGCUCCCUCAACCACGACUUCUUCCGAGGCAAGCCCACCUCCAGGGAGGUGUUCUCGCAGCACCCGUACGCCGAGCGCUUCAUCGGCAGGCCCCACGUGUGGACCGUGGACUACAACAACUCGGAGGAGCUCGAGGCCGCCCUCAAGGCCAUCAUGAGGACCCAGGUAGACCCUUACCUGCCCUAUGAGUACACCUGUGAGGGGAUGCUGGAGCGAAUCCACGCCUACAUCCAGCACCAGGACUUCUGUGCAGCCCCAGGCCCCGCCCCAGCAGGGCUGCAGGUGCCCUGCGACAGCACCGAGUGGGAGAUGAACCAGUGA